AUGACUAGUCCAUUCCGUUUAUUCUCUCUUCCAUUUGUGCCUCUUCAACAAGUUCUAGAUAACUUUGGAUCACAAGGAAUAAUAAUUCUCUCUCUGUGUUCUCAACGAUCGAAAAACAUUGCGGUUUCCUAUAAGGGACUUUCUAAAGAUGUCCAACUCCAACUCAUGUAUAGUAACUCAGCUUUUCUGGGUAAUGAAUAUACUGAUAUUUGGGAAGCAAGAGAUAUUCAGGCGGUUAAGGGCGUUCGAUUGCCAACAUUAUCAAGCGGAAAGUUUCAAGGUGUUCAAUAUAAAAUUUAUGAAGAAUCCCUGGUCACGUACUGGGCGGAUCGUUUAACUGGAUUGAUUAAAAUUGGAAACUACGCACGGGAAAUAUUUAAUCGAGAUAUCUAUCAAGUCAGGAUUGGGAGUAAACACGCUGGUGACUGUAGGCAAUUGAUUGAGUGGACUGUGGAUACACAAAAGUCGGUAGAAUACUUUGAAUACUAUGAUCACGGAAAAACACUCGAUGAAGAUCUCAACUAUCUGCUCGAAAACGUGAAAUGCUCUGGGUAUCUUUCACUUUCGGCAACACCAUCUUACAACUAUCGUCCUGCUAAACCGCCUGUUUUUUACCUUGACGAUAUUUGCAUUCAAUAUAGUUUCUGGAUUAAGCAAGAAGAUUUGUUGGCAAUGAACUGCAAGUCAGUUAGAAUGGGAGGCGCGACAUUGACGAGCCAAGACUUCAAUGUAUUCCUGAAGCACUGGAUGAGAGGAGGAUGUUCUAAAUUAAAAGAUUUUUGUGUUGUUCUUGAUGGAUCAAUCAAUUAUGCAACUGUAUUGGACGGUGUGGAGUUUAUUGAAAGAGGGGAUGAUGUGGAAAGGGUUUAUCAUAUUGAUGAAGAAAAUACUACAAAAACAAUUCGUGGUGGUUUCGAUAUCAAACGACCAAAUGAUAAUAUCACAGCUACUAUCAGGAACGGUUUUGAAGAUCGAAAACGUUUUGGGAUGUUUGUUUGGCCGGAUUAUGGUGGUAACACAUGCAAAUAA